AUGGCCCCUCAAGACUUGCGUGGUGACAAUAAUGAAAGUGCGAAUCAAGAUGACAGUGAAGUGUUGAUGAUCAACCUUGGUGAGGAAAAAAAUUGCUUUGAGCUGAUUGUGGUUGCUGCAGAAGGGGCUUACCCGAACUGGACCGUGGAACACACUCUAAAAUACAAAAUAAAAAAUGCUGACUCGGAUCUUGGUUCUGAUUCUGAUUCCGACUUCGAGUCAACUCAAUCCGAGUCUAGUUUUUCAUCUUUUCAAACUACUGAGUCUAGUGAGGAAAGCCCAGUCAAAACACCAAGGCACCAUAUUUAUUUCGAAUUUGACUCUGAAAUGUUUUUUGACAAUUUUAGCAAUGAAAAUGAGGAUUUAGAGUAUUUCACUUUGCCUAUGAUUAACUAUGGAGAAAACCACUUUCACUACACCAUGGGGAACCUACGCUACCGGGUGUUGCCAUUUGGGUUGAAAAACAUUGGAGCCACUUACCAGAGGAUGGCAACAACACUGCUGCAUGACAUGAUACACAAAGAAGUAGAGAAAAUGUUAGGAUUCCUUAUCACUCGAAGAGGAAUCGAAGUGGACCUUUCCAAGAUACGAGCUAUCAUGGAGAUACUAACUCCGAAGAUAGAAAAGGAAGUACGAAGCUUUCUAGGAAAAGUGCAAUUCAUCAGCAGGUUCAUUUCCAAACUCACAGCCACUUGUGAACCUCUUUUCAAACUCUUGAAGAAAGACACAGAUUUUGAAUGGAAUCAAGACUGUCAACAAGCAUUUGAAGUAGUCAAGGAGUACCUUCAGAAUCCGCCUGUGUUAGCACCACCCUUCCCUAGAAAACCAUUAAUUAUGUACCUCUCAGUGACGGAAACAUCCAUGGGAUGCAUGCUAGCACAAGAAAACAAUGCUAAAAUAGAGUGCGCCCUAUACUACCUCAGCAAAAAGAUGAUGGACUAUGAAACAAGAUGCACUCCUUUGGAAAAGACCUGCUGGGGGCUAGUAUGGGCCAUAAAGAAACUAAGACAUUACCUAUUAGCACAUCAGGUAGUUCUAGUUUCUCAAUUAGACCCAAUCAAAUAUCUUUUUGAGAAGCCAACACUUAUUGGAAAGCUGGCUAGAUGGUUAUUGCUGCUAGUAGAGUUCGACCUUAAAUACAUGGCAAAGAAAUCAGUAAAAGGAAGGGUAGUGGCAGAGUUCUUGGCAGAUCACCCCGUGACAGAGGCUGAGGCUGAGGACUUCAUGAUCCCAGACAAAGACAUUUUAUUUCUCUUAGACGACACCUGGCAGCUUUACUUUGAUGGAGCAUCAAACCAAUUUGGGUAUGGCAUAGGGGUACUGCUAGUUUCCCCAAAACGAUUCUCAUAUCCCUCUGUCAUACAAACUAAGGUUAAAAAGGACACGUUGAAACUAUACCACUCUAUGCUAGAAGCUCUAAUUCCGCAAUUCGACUCCAUCAUUUUCACGCACACUCCACGAGUGAGUAAUAGGUUCACAGAUGCACUGGCAAUAGUGGCCUCUAUGGUGGAAAUACCCCUAGGAUUCACAAUGCAGCCACUAAUGAUCAAGCAAAAGGUCAAGCCAGUAUGUGAGUGUGCUUUCACAGAGGAAAAUGAGGACGAUGGGAAGCCAUGGUAUGAGGAUGUGAUGAAGUUCCUGGAAAAAAGGAGAGUAUCCCUCCGAAGCCACCUCAAAGGAUAA